GUUCCUCUUCGAGGCGCCGCCAUGCCUCCGACUCCUGCAAAGAAGUCGGGCGCCGCCGGUGCCGAUGGCAGCUCACUCCAGUCGGGCGGCGACUUCUCCUCUGCGGUGUUGCGCCUCCCGACGCCGAAGAAGGAAGGGAACUCCAACGACGCGGCGGCCUCCACAGUGCACAACUGCUUGAUGGAGAUGGUGGAUGGCUGCUUGAAGGACCGUUCGCUCAUCAUGCCGCUGUGCGGCAAGUUCCAGGAGCACCAGCGCACGCGCAGGCAGGAGGAGGCGAUCGAGGGCGCGCCGAUGCUGGAUAAGGCUGAGACGUUGGCCUGCAUGGAUGAGUCUGCGAAGGUGGGCGUCCUCAUGACGAACAGCGACAUGACCGAAGACUCUGUGGUCAAGCUGGCCGCCGAGAAGGACAACUACAACGAGCUGGUCAGCUUUGCUCUCCAGAUCCCGUCUGGGAGGAAGCUCCCGAAGGAGUUCAAGAAUGUUGAGGUGUGGCAGUCUUAUCGUGACGAGCGCAUCGCACAUUAUGGAAAUCGUCUCCACCGUUUUGUGACUCGUGGAGGCGUUCAGGAGAAUGGUUCGAUCAACUACAUGGUCGUUGGGUGCUACUCUUUGGACUUCGACAAAGAGGACGGCAAGCUCAAGACGGUGAAGCACUUCAAUGGCGACCUGGCUGAGGUCCCCGAGGAGACGGGCAUCACGUACGCCUGGGGCUUGAAAGCCUUCUUCAAGAAGGAGGACAAGAAGGGCCAGUGGAAGUACAAGAGCUACGUGUCGAACCCUCGCCAGUUGGAGGCCGACGCGCAGGAGCACUUCAAGACGUGGUCGGACAAGCGUUCGGCCACCACGAAGGUUCUGGCCCCCAACGCCUUGGUGGAGAAGGUGCAGCAGGAGCAGGCCAAUGCCAAGAAGGAGAGCAUGAAGGAGGCUCGCAAGAGGGGCGCGGAGAAGCUCAAGCAGAGUAAGCAGAGCAAGAUCGUCAAGCUGAACGUGUAA